AUGGCUAACACAGAAGGCAGAAAUCAAACGUCCAUCUCAGAAUUCAUCCUUCUGGGAUUUGGAAAUCUUCCAGAACUGCAGCUUCUUCUCUUUCUGCUGUUUCUAGCGAUCUACAUGGUGACUGUGGCUGGGAACAUCCUCAUUGUUGCACUGGUUGUGACUGAUCAGCACCUUCACACCCCCAUGUACUUCUUCCUGGGGAACUUGUCCUGCUUGGAAACCUGCUACAGCUCCACCAUCCUGCCCAGGAUGCUGGCCAGUCUCCUGACUGGGGACAGAACCAUCUCAGUAAGAAUCUGUAUCAUGCAAUAUUAUUUCUUUAGUUUUUUGGCAGGUGUUGAGUGUUGCCUCUUGUCUGCGAUGUCUUACGAUCGGUAUUUAGCGAUAUGCAAACCGCUGCAUUAUACAGCCCUCAUGAAUGGCAGGUUCUGCCUCCAGCUAGCAGCUGGGUCUUGGAUAAAUGGGCUUCUGGCUAGUAAUAUACUGACAUCCUUGAUGUCACAGUUAUCUUUUUGUGGCCCCAAUGAAGUUGACCAUUUUUUUUGUGAUUUUGCUCCAGUAAAAAAACUGUCCUGCGGUGACACCAGGCUGAUGGAUCUUUUGGCUUUCAUUCUGGCUUCAAUAUUCACCCUGCCCCCAUUUCUAUUGACCCUGGCAUCCUAUGUUUGCAUCAUUGCCACCAUCCUGAGAAUCCCUUCCACCACCAGGAGGCAAAAGGCCUUUUCCACCUGCUCCUCCCACCUCAUCGUGGUGACACUUUUCUAUGGGACGCUGAUGAUUGUCUACAUGCUCCCAGAUACCGACACACUGAAGGUCCUUAACAAAGUGUUCUCCAUCUUCUAUACGAUUGUGACUCCUAUGGUUAACCCCCUCAUCUACAGCCUGAGGAACAGAGAGGUCAAGGAGGCCCUGAAAAGAGCUGUCAAUGCCUUUUUAAUGUGUACAGGAAUUGACACAUUUCAAACUAAGGGCUUUUGUAGAUAG